AUGGAGGACCAACCCAAUUACGGAAUUUCCAACGCCGCCUCUCCUGGCAGCAAUCCCAUUCUUUCGCAACCACCUUUGCAACCCGCCGCGCCUACCCCGGGAGAUGGAGCUGAAGAUGUCCAGAUGACCGAAGGCCCGGUCGCCGAACCUAGCAUCAAGCAGGACAGCGCGACACCUGCGCCAGGUGUCACAUCCGACAAUCCCCUCGACGCCCCCGAUGGCCCUGCGCCCGAGGCUACGCAGGACGAGGAAAUGGGCGGUGCUCGUGACGAAACAAAGGAUGGCCAAGCAGCAAAGGGCGGCGAUGAAGCUGCAGCUGGAAACGAUGCGGAGGGGCAAGACUCCAAGACCAAGGAGACACUCGAAUCCGCGGCCCGGGAACAUCUUAUCUCGCAAACGCAUGCCAUCGUAUUGCCGAGCUACAGUACUUGGUUUGACAUGAACACAAUCAACGACAUCGAGCGCAAGGCCAUGUCCGAGUUCUUCAACAGCCGCAACCGCAGUAAAACACCGGCUGUCUACAAGGACUACCGUGAUUUCAUGAUCAACACCUACAGAUUGAAUCCAGUGGAAUACCUCACUGUCACGGCCUGCAGAAGGAACUUGGCUGGAGAUGUUUGCGCCAUCAUGCGCGUCCACUCCUUCCUUGAGCAGUGGGGCCUGAUCAACUACCAGGUUGACGCAGAGCAACGGCCGUCGCACGUCGGACCCCCUUUCACCGGUCACUUCAAGAUCAUUUGCGACACUCCUCGUGGUCUCCAGCCGUGGCAGCCAUCCGCUGAUGCCGUCGUCUCUGCUGGUAAGCCCAGUGCCGAUACAGAAAAGAAGGCUGCGGCAACACCGGCUCCUAAGAGCGAGCUCAAUUUGGAAGUCAGCCGCAACAUCUACGAAGCAAGUGCCAAGGGUUCAAAACUCAACAAGAGCGAACCCAAGACCAAUGGCGAAACGCCAGUGACCAACGGUGUUUCGGGCAUCGAAGAAGCUACCAAGACGCCCAUUGUCAAGGUCAACUGUCACACUUGCGGCAUCGACUGCACCAGGCUAUACUACCACAGCUCGCAGGCUGACCCGAACUCCAAGACCAAGUACGAUGUUUGCCCAAGCUGCUUCCUCGAGGGCCACCUCCCAGGCAACCAGACAAGUGCUCAGUUCACCCGCAUGGAAAACCCCACAUACACGACCGUCCUCGACAGAGACGCACCAUGGAGCGAUGCCGAGAUCCUUCGUUUGCUUGAAGGCAUCGAGAGGAUGGAUGAUGACUGGAAUGAGAUUGCGGAUCAUGUGGGUACGCGAACACGCGAAGAGUGCGUCUUGCAAUUCUUGUCCUUGGACAUCGAGGGCAAGUAUGCGGACUCGGACCUUGCCGUGAAUGCCCCAACCGGCCUUGCAAUGCUCGGCCAGCAGGGCGGCCAUCUACCUUUCAGCCAGGCGGAUAACCCAGUCAUGUCCGUUGUCGGCUUCCUUGCCGGUCUUGCUGACCCUGCCAGUACGGCAGCAGCGGCAAACAAGUCUGCCGAAGAGCUCACGCGCAAGCUUCGCAGGCGACUCGAGGGUGGCAGCUCGGAGGAGGCUGUGACCAAUGGCAAGGGCAAGGACAAGGACGGCGACUCAAUGGAGAUUGACAUCCGCCAAGACGUCACAACGACGACUACUACUACAACGACAACGCUGGCCACCAUUCCUAUGGCUGCAAUGGGUGCCCGUGCCGCCGGUUUGGUGUCACACGAGGAGCGCGAGAUGACAAGACUAGUAUCCGCUGCGGCCAACCUCACUCUGCAGAAGCUGGAGCUGAAGUUGAAGUACUUCAACGAGAUGGAAGCCAUUUUGCAAGCAGAGAGGAGAGAGCUCGAGAGAGGACGGCAACAGCUGUUCCUGGAUCGCCUCGCGUUCAAGCGUCGCGUCCGCGAGGUGCAGGAUGGACUCAAGGCGGCAGUUGAGACGGGCGGUGAUCAAGGCCUCAAGCAGGCCCAGGAUGCGAUGUCUGACGGCGCCAACCUCACCUUCCAGGCGGCGCCUGGAGCGGGCGCUGUGCAGCCGCUGAGUAGCGGAGGGCAGAUUAAGAGCUUCGAGGCUUGA